GCGGCCUCACUCGAGUCUCCCCAAAGUGAUAUAGUCCGAUUUUCACAGGAGAGAGAGCAAGAGAUGGCAGAAGCAAAGACUGUUCAUUCACCAUUGGUGACUUACGUUUCCAUGCUUUCACUUCUCUCUAUGUGCCCCCCAUUCGUCAUUUUACUAUGGUAUACAAUGGUGCAUGCUGAUGGAUCUGUUUGUCAAACUUGGGAGUACUUAAAGGAACAUGGGUUGCAGGAAUUGAUAAGCAUAUGGCCAAGACCUACGGUUACAGCUUGGAAAAUUAUUGCUUGUUAUGCAGCAUUUGAGGCUUUGCUUUUACUUUUUCUACCUGGGAAAAGGGUUGAGGGUCCAAUAUCUCCUUCUGGGAACCGACCCGUUUACAAGGCAAAUGGCAUGGCAGCUUAUAUAAUAACACUAGUUACCUAUCUUAGCCUUUGGUGGUUUGGAGUAUUCAAUCCCUCAAUUGUUUAUGAUCAUCUGGGAGAAAUAUUUUCGGCCCUAAUUUUUGGGAGCUUCUUCUUUUGUAUUUUGUUGUACAUAAAAGGUCAUCUGGCGCCUUCUUCCACUGAUUCAGGUUCAUGCGGGAACAUAAUUAUUGAUUUCUACUGGGGGAUGGAGCUUUAUCCUCGAAUUGGUAAAAAUUUUGAUAUCAAAGUUUUUACCAACUGCAGAUUUGGAAUGAUGUCAUGGGCAGUUCUUGCAGUGACAUACUGCAUAAAGCAGUAUGAAGAAUAUGGAAAAGUAGCUGACUCAAUGCUUGUAAAUACCGUGUUGAUGCUGGUGUAUGUCACAAAGUUUUUUUGGUGGGAAGCUGGAUACUGGAGCACAAUGGACAUUGCACAUGAUCGAGCUGGCUUCUAUAUUUGCUGGGGAUGCUUAGUUUGGGUUCCAUCUAUUUAUACCUCUCCUGGCCUGUACCUGGUCAACCAUCCUGUGAACCUUGGAGCUCAGCUUGCAACUUAUAUUUUAUUGGCUGGCAUUCUUUGCAUAUUCAUCAACUAUGACUGCGACAGGCAGAGGCAAGAAUUUCGACGAACGAAUGGGAAAUGUCUGGUUUGGGGGAAAGCUCCAUCAAAGAUAGUAGCCUCGUACACUACAACAUCUGGCGAAAAGAAAACAAGCCUUCUAUUAACCUCAGGAUGGUGGGGAUUAUCUCGUCAUUUUCAUUAUGUACCUGAAAUAUCAGCUGCUUUUUUCUGGACUGUCCCAGCCCUUUUUAAUCAUUUCAUACCGUACUUCUAUGUGAUAUUUCUCACCAUACUCCUUUUUGACCGUGCCAAAAGGGAUGAUGACCGAUGUGGAUCCAAGUACGGGAAAUUUUGGAAACUAUAUUGUGAGAAGAUGUCGGCAUAUGAUAAUGUUGUUGGUGGGAAGUUAAAGCUUAAGGGAAAAGCCUUGGAUGUGAAGGCAGGUGGGAUGAAGAAGAAAAAGAAACAUAAGAAGAUUCUUGAUCAAAUCUCUCGAGUAACAGAGGAUGAGCUUUCAGCAGGUGGUAGCAUUGAAGUGUCAAAUGAUCAUCAUGAGGAAGAUACUGGUGAUGUAAAUGAGUCUAGUGGAAAAGAGAAACCUGCUCAUUAUGAUGACUAUCUCACACCUGCAGAGAGACGGUACAUUGAACAGAGGGAGCAACUUGAUGUCCAUCGAUUGGCCAAGGAAGCUGAUAAAUCCCAUCGUGAUAGGAUUCAAGAUUUCAACCAGUAUCUGGCAAAUAUGAGCGAGCAUUAUGACAUUCCUAAAGUUGGCCCAGGUUAAUAUGUGCCAAAUCCCGAGUGUGAAGCCGUAACGAUAUUUCUUCUUAUGUUUUCUCAUCAUUCGAUGUUUUAGUUAAGAGGUGUAUGAAGUACCCGCUCUUGUUCUUGUCCAUGUCUACCUGGAUUUCUCUCUAUGAUACAUUACUGGAGUGCGUACAAGAUGUAUUUAUACUGUCUUGCUUUUUCAACAUUUCUUAUCCCUUUGAUGACAAUUGAUGCUUAUGAAUGUUCAAAGACAAAAGUGUGUCAUGAGGCUUAAUUUCCUUUUGUC